AUGGCGCUGGAAGUGGAGGCGUCCGGGGCUCCCCUGAGCUCUUUCCUGAGGGACUUCCCGUCUCCGCUGGGCCCGGGGGAGCCGCUGCCGUGGAGCUCCGCGGGGAGCGGCGCCCUGAGCAAGGCCGAGGUGCCGGGCGCGCUGGCCGAGCAGGCGAGGAGCCUCCUGGGCGGCAGCAGAGGUGUUUCACCGCUUCUUGCAGCAUCGUUGAUCCAUGCUGCAGUUGAUGAGGUUCUCCAAACAGACUUGACUGAAUUUAAGCAGCAAAGUGUGGAAACAGAGGGAGAAGGAGAUGAGGAAAGGUUCACCUUGCUGGAUGGAGAGUCGUUGCAGCGCUGCUUCUUUAACAAGCUUCGGGAUGUUUGCUUUGAGUGGCAGAAGCAGUUGCCACCACUGAGACCACUGAAGCGGUUCCUGCUUGUUUCCAUCCACGCCAUCCGUAACACUCGACGGAAAAUGGAGGACCGCCACGUUCUGCUCCCAGAGUUCAAUCAGCUCUUUGGUUUAUCAGAUGACAUUGAUCGCGCUUACUUUGCGGUAUUUGAUGGCCAUGGUGGAGUGGAUGCUGCCAAUUAUUCAGCAACCCAUUUACAUGUAAAUGUUGGGCUACACAAAGAGAUUGUUAAGAAUCCAGCUGAGGCCUUGAAAUGCUCUUUCCAGAAGACAGAUGAAAUGUUUCUUUUCAAAGCCAAAAGAGAGAAGCUGCGGAGUGGUACAACAGGUGUAUCUGCGUUGAUUGUAGGGAAUAAGUUACACAUAGCAUGGCUAGGGGACUCACAGGUAAUGCUUGUGCAGCAAGGAAAAGCUGUGACGUUAAUGGAACCUCACAAACCAGAAAGAGAAGAUGAGAGAGCACGUAUUGAGACUCUGGGUGGUUGUGUAACCUAUAUGGACUGCUGGCGGGUUAAUGGUACCUUGGCUGUUUCCAGAGCAAUUGGUGACAUAUGUCAGAAACCCUACAUUUCUGGUGAUGCAGAUGGAGAUUCAUUUGAGCUGACUGGUUCUGAAGAUUACUUGCUCCUAGCCUGCGAUGGAUUCUUUGACGCUAUCAAGCCGUAUGAGGUUGUAGACUUGGUCCUAGAUCAUUUAAUGCAAACCAAAGGAGUGGGUCUCAAAGCAGCUGAAAGACUGGUGGCUGCUGCAAAGGAAAAUGGAUCCAGUGAUAACAUCACUGUUCUAGUGGUGUUCUUGAGGGAUCCUCAGGACAUCUUGGCAGACUGUCUCAGAGACCCUAAGAGCCUUGGGGCUGGUGAUGAUGCCCGGAGGUCACCCUUUAAUUUCCUCAGCUGUGAGGCAGCAGCCACACAGUGACAAAAUCUGCUUAAUCCAGAACAUUCAAAUAAGUUCACGUAAGGAACUGCUUUCCACUGAAGAAGCCUCUAAUACAAUAGGCAAAAUGUGUCAGGAAAAAAAUGACAAAUGGACAAACAUUUAACAGAAAGGCAAGACUCCUUUUACUGAGUUCCCAUUUGUCUUUUCCUUCCUUUCCUCUCCCUUCAAAAAACACUGAGCAGAUAUGGAGAUUUGUACAGCUAUUUCAUCUCUGGGAGCAGACUUCUAAAGUGUGUCACAGGGCUGCUGGUCAUAUCCUUCUGCCCUGGAAGUGGUAAGAAACCGUAAUAUGUAUAAGCUAAUGGGUGAGAAUACCCAUUUGUGAAUUCUGAGUGAAAAUCUAAAUUAGCGCUUAAAAAGAAUGCUGUAUGUUGUAUUUAAUUGUGAUGUUACUUUGGAGAUUGGGAGGAGAGAAGCUGUCACCAUCACAGAAAAGCUUGUUACUGUGUGUGGUCUGUAGGAACAGGCUUGGUAUGUGAGAGACUGGGUGACACCAGUAUGCUCUGUAAGUUGCUUUUGUUUUGUACCAAAGAUGAUAUUACAAGAAUGAUGCGGCCUCUUUAUUCGAACAGAGACAUUUAAUUUUGUGUGUAUGGAGAGGAGAAAAUGAAACUGAAUGCUCCAGAAGAAGAGCAAGAAAGCUAACUAGAACUAUCCCAGGCAGAAUGAUACAAAAUCAGCUGCUUUCUGGGAUGCUCUGGUUUAUAAACUGGAAUCCAAUAUUUAACUGCACUGGAUUAUUUCUCCCUAACAAACACGCUUUAUUGGCUAUUUGGCAACCUGAAAAGAAAGAACCCUUAUUGUUGUAUUUGAGAGAGAUCUUUACAGUAUGUGCGUGCUAGCAGUUAAAUAUGCUCUGUUUCUGCCACUUUUUUGUGUACUAUAACAAAUGAGAGUUUUAUUUUUAUUCUAAGUGUUUAUUUGUUUAUUUACUGAAUUUUUUGCAGUGUUACUUUAUUUUGUUGUGGUUUUUAUUUAAAUUAGAAUUUUAAAGUGGCUGUGUCUUUAUUAUCUGGUUUUAAAAACUGACUACCCUCAAGUGCCUUAAAUAUUUCACCCAAGGAUUGUUGGCUUCCUGUCAUAUUCUGGUGAGCCAGUUUAUAGUGUUUUUAAAAUGUGACUUUUUAAAUUUCAUUAAUACUAAUGUUUAAUGCACUUCGAUGUUUCAUUUUUGUGAAUGAUUUUAGUGGGAACUAGGUUUCAAGAAAACAUCUUUCAUUGUUGCCAAAUCUUGUGGCUUGUAGUAAAAGCUUCACAAUACUUACUGUGACUUACCCCCUGCCCCAUGCAAAAAGCUCUAGUUAGUUAAUCAUAAAGUAACAAUCUGAGUCAUCAUGACUUUCAUUGAAAAACAAAUACACUUCUGACCUUCACAAGAAAAUUUAAUAACACAAACUAGAAACAGUAUAGUAACAGUUUUUGAUUAAUAGAUGGUUAAUUUAGCCAUACUUCAUGAACUUUUUGGGUCUAAAUAACUUUCUAAGGAGAUGUGAAGCUGAGGUGAGGAUGAAAGAAUCUUAAUGAAUGUGUAUGUUGUGUGACUUAUAUCCAUUACAUGCUACAGCCUCUGGUUGUGUUUUGUCUUGCCUUGCUAGCCUGGCUAGCAGGACUCAACAAGAUCUGAAGGCUCAAUGGUAUAUGUGUUAGUAAUUUCUGUAUCUAAACAAGAAGUGCUUUACAUCUGGCAGCAAGAUUGUAUGCCUAAUUUAGAAGCGCAUGGCAUUGCAAUAUGUCAGUCCUGUUGAUUAAAACGUGUUGAACAUUAAUGUUGCUUAGCGAGGAAAUUGAGGUAGAAGUGUUGAGAUGGCUAAAAGGAAGAACAGAGCAGCACUGUUUAUGUCCAUAAUGUCUCUGAAUUGUUAGCUAGUGUGGGGCAAUGCAGUUACCCGAGUGACUUGAGUUUUUUGCUGGAUUACUAUGGACAAUCGUAUGGUUUAACAUAGAAACUCCUCAGUGAGCUACAUAGCAACUUGGACAGUGACUUCCUUGUUUUGCUAUGCAACAACAGGAGCUUUUCCUCUGAGAAGGUUGCAAGCACUUUUCCAUCCUACGUUUUGCUGUCCUAAAAUAUGUGGGGAAGGCUUUUUGUGAUGGCAACCUCGUAGGGUAGGUGUUAAUUUUUGUAGUGAACCUUCUUCAGUUAAGGAGACCUUUAGGCUUGCAUAGUAAUCCCUUUGGAUUUACCAUCUCCUAUCUCUUUGAUUUCUAACCCAGAUAUUUAGUGUCAUGCUAAAUUCUGAUGACCACUAGUGCCUCUUGGUGUCUUGGAAAUAGUUCUCAUUAUUAAUAUAGUAAGAAUCAUACAGAAUUGUUUGAUUUCACUGCUACCUGAGGUUUAUCAGGAGAGGGGGAAGCUAUUGUAUUCAUGAAGGGAGGUGUGAAAUGUUGCUAAGUUCAUAGUACGAUUUAGUUUCUGAAAUUUGCCAAAUUGCCUGAAACAUGGAGAGAACUGAACAAGCCAAAUUCUUUGUAAUGAUCCUUUUAUUUCAACCUUUUUGGGGCAGAUUUGCAUUACAGAGGAAACAAAGUCUGAAGUCUUUCAAUGGAUACUUACAGCUAUGUGCGAAUAUCCUUUUUUGUUUCAAAUUUGAUAGAUUUCUUAUUUUUUAUGGGAACUAAGUGAAAUGGGCCUUUAGAAACCUGUCUGUGGUAAUCAGAAAAUUUAAUUCUCAAGCUAUGCUCUAGGGAAGAAAUUCUGCAUUCUGAGAAGCUGUUCCCUUAUAUAGAUGUUUUCAUUCUGAAUGACCUAGUGCCUCAUUUCUUUGAGAUGUAAGUAGAUAGAAAUAGUCUUUGGGAACUCAUACAGAUUUCAGCGGGGAUAAAAAAUGUUUCUCUUAAUUUUCAGAGACUUCUUACUAGCUUUAAAAAGUCUGGUCAGGUCUAUAGGAGUUGUAACUGGGUCGAAAAUGGCAGUUUGUAUCCUAUCAGUGGAAUAAAUAAGUCUUGACGUAUCAUCCACAGUAAAAUUCCAAAUACUAUUUAGGGGGAAAAUUGGUUUUGGAGACUCUUACCUAUUCUUGACAGCCUGAUCAAAACCUAUGGAAACUUUUUUUUUUUUUAACUGAAAAACCAACAUUUCAAUUUGAUGUUAAAUCAGAAAUGAAAGUAUGACACAGGAUGCAAGUAUGGAUUUUGGAAGUGCACUUUUAAAAUUCUGUUGAAAAUGGUCAUCAGGAUGGUUCUUAACCUUGGGAUGGCAAGGCAACCUCCAAUUUUUGUUUCACUUGUGACUUUGAUAUCACUUUUAGAAGCCACCAGCUAUAAUGCGUAAUACUGUUACAAGAAGUGUCACUAGUAUGGGUGGUGAGGAGAGAGGGGAAGGAGCUCUAGCAGAAGGUAUGAAGUUGAACUAAAUAGUCCAAAAUAUGGAAUGGUGCUAUGUUUUGAAUUUACAGUACUAAUCUGCUACGUUAGCUUUUCGUAUCUUUCCUCUUAAAACUUCUUGGAUUUCUGGUAUUGGCUGUUCUGUUCUGUUUUCUUUCCCUCCUUUGGUUAAAAAUAGUAUGUAAUUUUGGUGAGAGAAUGCUCUCACCUCUCUGAGCCUUCCCAGUGUCAUCUACAAUAUACUAACACUUGUCCACCAAUGUCAAAUUGACUAAUGACAAAUUGACUAAUUUGCCUGUUUCCUUGUGGUCUUUCUGAUGGGCCUGCAAUAAAAACAAUUCUUGAGUCUAGCCAAAAUCUUUGAAGCUGUAGAAGUUAGCUGAAGGAUUCAAGACAAACAUUCAAUGAAAAAUGGAAGUAUUUUCAUAUUUUGCUAGACUCCAAAUGAAUGUCUGCUGCUGCGUUUUAGCACCCAACAUCAGAAAAAUUGCUCCUUAAAUGAGCCUGCAUUUUUAAAACAGAGCACGCUUAAAUUCUUGUAUUGUGCUUGAUUGAAAACUAGUUUUAGUCAUUCUGCUUAGCUAGUUAUCCAACACCUCUUUUGCUUACGGGUAAUUCAUACUUUUAUCUUUCUUUCCCUUCCCUUCCCUACCCCGCCCUCUCCUACAAAGAAACAUACCUAAGACCGUGAAGUCUUCUGGGUCUGAUAUAGACAAGAUUACAAUUUUACGAAUUACAUGU